GUGUGUAAGCGUCAUAUAAAGUUAUACUCUGUUAAAUUACAGUUUACAAUUGAAUCAUGUUUGAAGUAUCUUGGUCAACAGUUUUAGCUAUUUUAGCUGGACUGUUUGUUGCUUAUUACUUUUUCUUUCGUGAAAACUAUUUUGCUAAGCAUGGAAUUCCUUAUUCAAAACCUCUUAUCUUUUUUGGAAACAUGGCUCCGGUAAUAUUUAGAAGAAUCACGUUUGUUGACAAUAUAACAGUUGCUUAUAAGACGAACAGUAAAGCUAAGUACGUGGGAUUUUUUGAAUUUAGUACCCCUGUGACGAUGAUUCGUGAUUUGGAUUUGAUUAAGACCGUGACAGUUAAGUACUUUGAUCAUUUUAUGGAUCACCGCAGUUUCACUAAUCCUGAAGUAGAUCCUUUGUUCAGCAACAACCUGUUUUCUCUGCGUGGUGACCAGUGGCGGGAAAUACGGACUCUGCUGACUCCUGCGUUUACAUCAAGCAAAAUGAAAGCAAUGUUCAAAUUAAUGUCCGAGUGUGCUGAUACUUUUGGUGACUUUUUGGUAAAACAAUCGGAAAAAAAACAACCGUUCAAUUCUAAAGACAUUUUUACCCGCUACACAAAUGAUACGAUCGCAACAUGCGCUUUUGGCAUAUCUGUUGACUCAAUGAACAACCCUGACAAUGAUUUUUAUGUUCUUGGUAGAAACGCAACUAAUUUCGAAGGCAUAAAAACUUUGAAAUUUUUCAUAGUUCGUUCAUUUCCAACAAUAGCCAGAAUAUUGAAUAUUAAACUUUUCGAUACCAAGACUGAAAACUUUUUCUAUGAUUUAGUACGAGAUACAAUAGCUACAAGAGACGCCAAAGGAAUCAGUAGGCCUGACAUGAUCCAACUGAUGAUGGAGACAAGAGGCAGUAAACCAGGUUCCAAAUCACAUGAACUCAGCAUUGAAAGUAUGACAUCUCAAGCGUUUAUUUUCUUCUUCGGUGGUUUUGAUUCUACAUCAACUCUCAUGUGUUUUGCCGCUCACGAGAUCGCGUCGCAUCCAGAAAUUCAAGAAAAACUUCAAAAAGAAAUAGACCAAGUUCUAGAAAAAUGUGAUGGGGAUCCAACUUACGAAGCAAUCAACAGCAUGAUCUAUCUUGAUGCUGUCGUUAAUGAGACUUUGCGAUUGUACCCAAUAGCUGGAUUUAUGGACAGACUUUGUACCGAGAGUUUCGAGUUGCCUCCAACUCUACCUGGUUCAAAACCACUUUUGGUAAAACCCGGCGAUAAUCUUUGGGUACCAGUUUGGGCAAUCCACCGAGAUCCACAAUAUUUUCCAGACCCGGACAAAUUUACCCCCGAACGAUUCAUCGGAGACGCCAAAGACAGCCUGAAUAUGUCAGCUUAUUUUCCUUUUGGAGUCGGGCCCAGAAUGUGCAUUGGAAAUCGUUUCGCUCUUCUAGAGAUAAAAGUUCUCUUCUUUCAUCUUCUUGCAAAGUGUAACAUAAAACCCUCUAAAAAAAUGAUUCUACCAAUCAGAUUAAGCAAAAAGAGUUUCGCUUUGAUGGCUGACGGGGGCUUCUGGUUAGACAUAACACCAAGGCUGUGAAUUGAUAACUUCGUUUUUUAAAUGUUAAAAGAUAAAACGACUAAUCGCUUUGUUUUUAAAUAAUUUUUUGUGCUAAGUAUAAGUAUGGUAGUCACUGCUAAGAAUUUUUGUAAUGGAUCAAUAACAAAUAAAAAAAUAUGUUUUAUAUUA